CCUCGCGAGCGGGCGGGCGGCUGCGGGGAUCGGGAGCCCGGCGGCGCCAGAGCCUCUGCGGGAGCCUGCGGGAACUGGCAGCAAGCUGCUUCUGAAACUUCCAGCUGCUUAGGCUAGAGGUAUAAGGAAAUGCUAGAUCUCGUGACGUCACCCAGUGUGACUGUAAAUAGAGAACAACCUGAUAGUCUGAAGCUUAACCUUUCUAACACAUAUGCCGCAGUUCCAGAUGACAUAGAAGGUAAUACCAAGACUGCACCCCAGUGUCCUCUUCAUCUCUGCUCUACAAAACACUAUCCCCAUAUAGUAACAGUUCCAUCCUUUCCAACGAUGGCUGCAUAUGGGCAGACUCAAUAUAGUGCGGGAAUCCAGCAAGCUGCUCCUUACACAGCAUAUCCACCACCUGCACAGCCUUAUGGGCUACCUUCCUACAGCAUUAAAACAGAAGACAGCCUGAGUCAUUCCCCAGGGCAAAGUGGGUUCCUUAGCUAUGGAUCUAGCUUCAGCACAGCAACAUCCACACAGGCACCCUACAGCUAUCAAAUGCAUGGUACCUCAGGGAUAUACCAGGGGCCCAAUGGCCUGACAAGUUCUACUGGGUUCAGCACAGUGCAUCAGGAGUACUCUUCAUAUCCCAGCUUCACCCAAAGCCAGUAUUCACAGUAUUACAGCUCCUCCUACAACUCUUCAUACAUGUCUGCAAACAGCAUCAGUCCAUCAGCCAUCCCGACGUCUGCUUAUCCACUCCAAGACUCAUCGCACAACAUCAACAGUCAGAGCACGGAAUCGCUUUCUGGUGAAUACACAACACCUGUAAAAGUCACAGAAGCUGACAGGCAGCACAAAGGGAAUGAUGGGAAGCUACGAGGACGAUCAAAAAGAAGUAACGAGCCCUCCCCAGCUGCUGACACUGAAAUUGAGCGUGUGUUUGUGUGGGACUUGGAUGAGACGAUAAUUAUUUUUCACUCCUUACUCACAGGAACCUUUGCCUCCAGAUAUGGGAAGGAUACUACUACAUCUGUCAGGAUAGGCCUUAUGAUGGAAGAAAUGAUCUUUAACCUUGCAGAUACGUAUUUGUUCUUUAAUGACCUGGAGGUAAGUAAUAAGGACUGUGACCAGAUACACAUAGAUGAUGUGUCAUCAGAUGACAAUGGACAAGAUUUAAGCACAUAUAAUUUCUCAGCAGAUGGCUUUCACAGUUCAGCCGCUGGAGCAAAUCUGUGUCUGGGCUCCGGAGUUCAUGGGGGAGUUGACUGGAUGAGGAAAUUAGCAUUCCGCUACCGGCGGGUGAAAGAGCUCUACAACACCUACAAAAACAAUGUCGGCGGUUUAAUAGGAGUUCCUAAGAGGGAAACCUGGCUGCAGUUAAGAGCUGAACUGGAAGCGCUGACUGAUCUCUGGCUAACACAUGCUCUGAAAGCUCUGGAUUUGAUACAUUCCCGGCCUAACUGUGUAAAUGUUUUGGUCACUACCACCCAACUUAUACCAGCACUUGCAAAAGUGCUCUUGUACGGACUAGGUGUGGUCUUCCCCAUCGAAAAUAUUUAUAGUGCAACAAAGACAGGGAAAGAGAGUUGUUUUGAAAGGAUAAUGCAGAGGUUUGGACGGAAAGCCGUGUACAUUGUAAUAGGAGAUGGCGCAGAAGAGGAACAAGGGGCAAAAAAGCACAACAUGCCAUUCUGGAGAAUCUCCUGUCAUGCUGAUCUAGAGGCCCUGCGGCACGCAUUGGAGUUGGAAUACUUGUAGCACAUCUGGACAUCUCAGUGGUGGUCUCAGCAUCCUUCUUGAAGACACAACCUAUUUUAUUGGCAUUUUAGGCUAUCAUUGCAUUGGCCUUGGUUGAGGUGGAGCUCUUUUGUACAGAAACCUUUAGAAGAAUCUGCACCAGGAAUGCCGCUUAUGAAGUUCCCUUUUUCCUUGGAUGGAAGAGAGAAACUUUCCACGGCUUGAUAACUGGAUGCUUAGAGCUAAAAUGGGACUUUUGCCAUGUAAAUGACUUCCAGGCAUGCAGAAGACCAGUUCUGGUUUAAUUUGUUAGGGGGGUUUGUUUUGUUUUUCCUUGCGUUAAUAAAUGGGAAUGGGGUGGGGAAGAUGUUAUGUGGAAUUUUUAGGCGUUAUCUGCUGGACUGUUUAUCGAUUCAGAUAAUUUUCUGAGGAAGAGACAGGGGAAAAGAUUGAAAUAGAUGAUUGUUUUUUGUAUUUUUUUAAUUUAUGAACUAAUCCUAUUACUCUGAUAUUAAGCUCAGUACCUGUGUUUGUAUCUGCUGGGUAGAAUAGACUCAGCUCUUUCUAAUUUAAUAGCUCUUUUCACCAUGGUAAACUCUGGGGAACAAUCAUUAUCAUGUCCAUUUGAAAUGAGCACAUCUGAGAACCCUUGGUGCAAGAACUAUAGCUGGUUUUUUAAAACUCCGGCACACGUGAUGCACACAUGUCUGUGUGGGUUGCCAUCUUGUUUUCGCAUGGUUGGGAAGAAAAAUUACCUUGUGAUGAGUGAAUGGCAAUAAAACUAUGUUUACAGUUUUAA